CACCAAUAUUAGAAUUUUUUUUUAAAACAUUUCUCAAAAUGUGUAUUAAUUUUGUGCCUUGGUUUUUCAGGAAAUAUUCUCCAAUUCACAAGCUUCAUUUUAUAAAACAAAGAGGGUUUUCUGCUACAAAUUUGCUCCAUUAUAUACAAAGCCAUAAACUGAAAAAUUCAAGCUUACAUUUUGGUCGGAGAACUUUUUCUACCAUAACUACGGAGAUAUGGAAUCUACCAAGGACAUAUGGUCAUAGAUUUCUAUACAGAAAUUUUACAGGACUAAAUUAUGGUGGAAUUUCAAAGUUACAUAAAUCUUGGAAUUUUUAUGGAAUUGGAACUGGCCGAUUUCAGCAUGGCUUUUAUAGAAGUUUGGUAUUCUCAAAAAGAAUUCAUUGCUGGGGACAAUUUUCUAGGAAUUUUUCAAAUUCUAGGAAUCACUAUCAACAGAGGAAUAGGACUACAGCAAUAUAUACAGUAGCAUUAGUGGUAGUCGUGCUUGGAGCAUCAUAUGCGGCUGUACCAUUGUAUAGAAUAUUUUGCCAGGUCAGACAUGUUAGAUGCCUUAGGCAUUUAUUAAAUUUCUCUAUGACGUACAUAGAAGUCGUUUAUUAUCACAAGGGGUGUCUAUUAGAGAGGGUAAUUUAUUUGAUCAUUUACCGUAUUUCAGGCAUCAGGUCUUGGUGGGACAGUGCAACAGGCUGAUGCUGGAGAGAAGAUCAAGAAUAUGACGACGAGGAAAGAACGUCUGUUGACAAUUCGUUUCAAUGCAGAUAAAAGUGCGACCAUGCAGUGGUCGUUUAAACCACAACAGUCUGAAGUGAAGGUGAUUUUGGGUUAUCAUUACUUAAAUUGUUUUAACUCAUAAUUAUUUAACCCAUUGAGCUGCAAUGCACUUCAGCGCGGCCUACUUAUUUUUUUUACUUGUCUAACACCAUUUGUCAUGAUUUUCAGGUUUAUCCCGGUGAAACAGCGCUGGCAUUUUACACGGCGAAAAACCCGACAGAUGUACCAAUCACUGGAAUAUCAACAUAUAAUGUGAUACCUUUUGAAGCUGGACAGUAUUUCAAUAAAAUUCAGGUAUUAAUAGCUGCAGUGUCCUGUAACACAUCCCUCUCUGUUAUUCUACUCUGGCUAACACAAGAGGAUCUUGAUCAAGGUUCAAUUAUCUAACUCCAGACAAUUCUACUCGUUAGGGGGAGAGUCUUGUAUAUCAAUGGGUUAAUUAAUAUUUUUAUUUCUUAGUGUUUCUGUUUUGAAGAACAAAGAUUGAAUCCACAUGAACAGGUAUUUGGUUGUGCUGAGCCCUCUUCCCAAACACCCCCUCUCCCCAAA